AUGAUAUCAUUUAUUUUCCGUCUCGGCCUACUCUUCUUCUCAGUCUGGCAGGAAACGGUUCGCUGGCCUGAUGGUCAGCUCCGUUUUACUGACGUCGAUUAUGACGUUUUCUCUGAUGCAGCAGCGGCUCUGGUCCUUGGUCGUGAUAUUUACACAGUGCGUCCUACCUAUCGGUAUUCGCCUUUUAUCGCAGGCCUCUUGGCUCCUGCCCACUGGCUAUUUCCAAGCUUGCAGCCACUUUUAAUUGAGGCCAAGCUCCAGCAUCCUAUUGAGCAAAAAGGCAUUAACGCUAGUGAGCGAAAUCGAGUAAUUUCAAACAUUUGGGGCAAGCUUCUAUUCAUCGUCUUUGACCUUCUUUGCGCUUAUCUUCAGAAAGAGAUGAUUGUGACAGAAGAAAAAGUAAGAAUCUUUUUCUUUUUAUACUUAUUCCAAUUAAUACCAAUUUCAUCAUCCUAUUAA